GGCGCGGCAGUAUUUUUGUGCCAAUGAAAAUUCAUUUUUAUGAGAAGAGAAUGGAAAUCAACAUGAGCAUGAGGAUGAAGUCCAGUUGAAAACAAACAUGAGGUUUUAUGUUGAUGGUGACGUAAUUUAACUGAUAAAUGACAUGAUAGUUUAUAAAUAUUUUAACUGCGUUGAUUUUACUCACCAUUUUUUUUGGAAGUAAUUCAUGAUUUGAGAAAAAUGUUUGGGAAAAAGAAAGAAAAUAAGCGGCCACGGACUAAUAAUCCGCUGGGAAUUGAUUUUCUGGGAGGUCUUGACCCCACGAUGGGAGCUGAUGACGAUGAUGAUGGAGAUUUGGAAGCCGAAUUACAUCAGCUGAUGAUGGGUGACAACCCGCGGCCUAGACGUCCAGCACCAAAACCUCCAGUGGAGCCAAUGAACUUGGAUCUGGAGUUCAAAGAAAUUGGUGAUGAUGAAGAACUGUCUGGUGAUGAUGACGAUCCUGAAUUAUUGAAUGAACUUGACGCAAUAAUGGGCGAUGACGGAUCACCAGAAGACAAAGAAGAUAAAGAAGAAAGUCCAGCAGCGGCCAGUGCCGGUUCCGAAGAAUUAAUAAAACUCUUGGAAGAAAGGCUGGAGUUGUACAAACAAGCGGAGACAAAAGCGAAGAAUAAUAACGACACGUCAAAAGCGAGGCGUUAUAAUCGCGGUGUUAAAACGCUUCAAGGAAUGUUACGCGACGCUAAAGCUGGUAGAAAUGUCAACGAAGCAGAUAUGCCGCCUUUGCUUCCGCGAUCAGCAACUCAAGUAUCUCAAGACACAAAUGCUGACCAAGGGGAAUCUGAUACUCAAGGAAUUCCACUGGAAAAUUCAAGUCCUGAUGCACCAGAACCAGAACCAGUUGUUGAACCAGAGCCUGUACCAGAACCUGAACCUGUACCAGAGCCAGAACCAGCUCAAGCAACUGAACCAGUGCCAGUUGAUGAAGAAAAAUUAAAUUUAUUAAAAAAACGCCAGCAGGAAUACAAAAUAGCAGCAGUUGCGUGGAAAAAGUCUGGGCAGUUAGAAGAAGCAGUGAAAUAUAUUAAAAUAGCGAAACGAUUUGAUGAAGUGAUAGCAGCAUUGACAGCUGGAGAACCUGUCGAUUUAUCUGAUAUGCCGUCGACGCCGGACUUACCACCAGCACCGGCUGCUACGGCUGUGGAGGUCAGUGACCAGAGCGUCGCUAAGGAAGAGAGCGAAACUCAGGAAGCGGCUGAAGAACCAGCAGCCGCUGUCACUGGCGAAGGUAUCGAAGGAGCGCUGAAGGAAAGAUUGGAAGUUUAUCGCCGUACUAAGACAGCUGCCGAGGAAGAGGGAAACUCGUCAAAGGCACGCAGAUAUGGACGUAUCUGCAAGCAGUAUGAGGACGCUAUCAAACUCCAUGCCCGAGGGAAACCUAUUCCUGUUGAUGAGCUACCAGUUCCUCCGGGAUUUCCUCCCAUCGUAUUGAAUACUCCAGCUCUGGUAGCGCCGGCAGUGGCUCCAGCAGCUCCUAGACCUAAAAUUCCAGAGAAAGCUGAGACCAGUCCAGGUGAGGACAAUAAACCCACGGCACCACCACGUGGCCAGAAGCCCACGACCACCCGGGCGCAGAAGCAAACGCUAUUUUUGCAGAAACGCCAGGCGGAGUUGAAGCGCGCGGCGCUGAUGGCCAAAAAAGACGGCGACCUGGAGCUGGCGCGAGAUUACUUGAGACAAGCAAAGGGAAUAGAUCCUCUGCUGCAAGCGAGUACUUGCGGAUUGCCCGUGGACUUGAAAUCACUUCCUCUGUCCCCACUCGCUAAAGAGGAACUCCACGGAGCCAUCGACGCCUCGUCUAGUGACAGCUUCGCUCUGGUGUCUUCCGACGACUGCCAGCCCGGGGAAAUCACCGGAACCGACCAGGAGAUCUACGACAAUCUGGAAAAGCAGUUGAUUAAACACAGAAAAGUUUGUCUGGCCACUCGCGACCACGCAAAAGCUCUAGGUGACGUUCCCGGUUACAACAGAUGGGAGCGCAUGGCUCUGGGUUACAGCAGAGACGUCGACAUGCUGCGCGUUCGUCGUCGAGACGGACUACCGCCACCCCAACAUCACUACGAAUCAAAAACUUAUGCCAUCGUCCAGAGCUGCACGGAUUUGACUGACAGCGACCUGGAAAUUUCCAUAAUCCGCGGAGUCAAUUAUCCAAAAGAAGCUGACAGUUACGUCAUCUACGAGUUUCCUUACCCGCCAGAACGUCCGCCGACGGACAGAACUCCAACAGUUCGCAACACGAGUACUCCCGAGUAUGAUUCAACUUUUACACUGACCGGAAGUGUUGACAGAUCGUCACGACAGUGUCAGCGCGCUUUUAAACGGCACGCAUUGAAGUGCCAAGUCUGGUCCAAAGGAUGCUCAACAAAUCCUUUGAUGUGUUGCCUCCACCCCAGAGGUUUUCUAAGAAGCGACAGUCUGCUCGGUACCGUUACUGUCAAAUUGCAGCCACUGGAAACCCAGUGUAUUUUGCAUGAUUCAUUUCCGUUGAUGAAUGGAAGGAAAGCUAGCGGAGGAAAACUGGAAGUUAAAAUCCGGCUCCGAAACCCGAUCUCGACCAAGCAGAUUGAGAAGAUGACGGACAGAUGGCUUGUUAUUGAUAAUUAAUUAUUAAUUAUUAAAGAUUCUUUAACUCGCUUUUUAAAAAAUACUUUUAAUUUAACUGGUACUUCGAAGCGCAUGCCUUAUUGCACAUUGAUGUGAUAAAAUUAACAAUUUAUUUUUUAUCAAAUGUAUUUAUGAAUAAAGAUAUGUAAAUAUUUA